AUGUCGACGUCGGUUCAAGAUGCCAAGGUGCCGAAAUUCGUCAACUUUGUAAUAGGUGGCAUGUCGGGAGUAAUAGCUCAAAUCGUGACACAUCCUAUGGAUGUUAUUAAGAUACGUAUGCAAGUGUCGCAGGAUACUUUACGUGUCGCAGCACUCCGUAUGUUUUGCACGAACGGAGUUUGCGGUUUUUAUGCGGGACUGAGCGCGGCUCUUCUUCGUCAAUUAACCUAUACCACCAGCAGACUUGGAAUUUAUAUCACUUUGCUAGAUAUUGGGGAACAACAUUUUGGUUAUUUAAAUUAUGUUACGAUGAUAAGUUUUGGGAUGAUAGCUGGUGUGAUAGGUUCUUUCAUCGGCACUCCCACGGAUCUGAUAUUAAUUCGCAUGGUGGCAGACAUGAAUUUGCCACCAGAAAAGCAAAGAAAAUAUAGGAACGCCGUUAGUGGUAUCUUUAAUAUAUGGAAAACUGAAGGAUUUUUCGGAUUAUGGAGAGGAGCGAUACCUACGAUGGGUAGAGCAGCGAUUGUAAAUGGAGCACAAUUAGGUACAUACACAAGAGUGAAGAAAUUAUUGCAAGACAGAGAAUAUAUUCAACAUGAUGUACUAUUACAAAUUACCGCUGCCAUGAUGUCUAGUGCAGUUACGUGUUUCGCUUCGAUUCCGAUCGACACAGCUAAAACUAGGAUUCAAAACUGGAGGCAACCUACGAAACCACCUAAUCUUCUAGCUAUGAUCAUUAAUAUUGCUAAAAAGGAAGGUGUAAUGUUGUUAUGGCGCGGUCUUCUUCCGUAUUAUUCCAAAUCAGCACCCAAUACAAUAAUUACCAUGGUAUGCGUUGAUCAACUUCAUGACAUGUACUUGAAAUUUUGCCAAUAA